CCCGGACCCUGCAUUCACUAUAUCCGGUCUCCUGGACCCUGCAUUCACUAUAUCCGCUCUCCCCCGGACCCUGCAUUCACUAUAUCCGGUCUCCCCAGACCCUGCAUUCACUAUAUCCGGUCUCCCCGGACCCUGCAUUCACUAUAUCCGGUCUCCCCGGACCCUGCAUUCACUGUAUCCGGUCUCCCCGGACCCUGCAUUCACUAUAUCCGGUCUCCCCCUGGACCCUGCAUUCACUGUAUCCGGUCUCCCCGGACCCUGCAUUCACUAUAUCCGGUCUCCCCGGACCCUGCAUUCACUGUAUCCGGUCUCCCCGGACCCUGCAUUCACUAUAUCCGGUCUCCCCGGACCCUGCAUUCACUAUAUCUGGUCUCUCAGACCCUGCGAUCACUAUAUCUGGUCUCCCCGGACCCUGCAUUCACUAUAUCUGGUCUCCCACAGACCCUGCAUUCACUAUAUCUGAUCUACCCGGACCCUGCAUUCACUAUAUCUGGUCUCUCCCCGGACCCUGCAUUCACUAUAUCUGGUUUCCCACAGUACACAGAACAUGAAAAUGCAAUUAUUUUAGUAAAUAUAAACUGCUACAAACCUUUGCUCAUCACUAGUAUAUAGCAGUCUUGUAACUUCUAUCAGUGUCCAGUAGAGCACUGGCUAAAGCUUGUAGGUGGAGUUUUCAUUCUCCCCUGAUUGUCCUGAGGCUGCAUAACCCCUGACCCUCUGUUUGGACAGCGCUGAUUGGCCUUGUGCUGAUCACAUGUACCUUCCCAAGAAAAAAAAACUCUCUAGCAAACCACACCAAAAUGAGAAUGUGCAGCUUGCCCCCAAGGCUCUGUUCUAUCAGCAGAUGGAUUGGGGACAGUAGAAGAAGGGGAGGAUCAGAAAAGACAGGAUCAAACAGCCUUUUUACACAAUGCAGAGGAUUAA